CGGAGGAGAGCGGGGAAGGAAAGUCGUGCGCGCGCCGGGAGGAUGGAACGUUAUUAGAGUUGGCGGGUCUGGCUGCUGGGGUCGGAUCCCAAGCUGCGAGCCUCCGCGCGCCAAAGCGGGGAUCUGGAAAGCAAGGCAGUUCUGCAAUUUAAUGCACGCGUCUCGGAGCCCCUAACUUGCAGCCGCCAUGCACAGGAAACACCUACAGGAGAUUCCCGACCAGAGUAGCAACGUUGCCACGAGCUUUACGUGGGGAUGGGACUCUGGCAAGACUUCUGAACUUUUGUCAGGCAUGGGGGUCUCUGCCCUGGAGAAGGAGGAGGUGGACAGUGAGAACAUCCCCCAAGAACUGCUCUCAAACCUGAGUCCUCCCCCAAAACGGCAGAAGAGCAAAGGGAAUGAUAAGGACUUUGUGAUCGUUCGCAGACCUAAGCUAAAUCGAGAGAGUUUUUCAGGCGUGUCGUGGGACUCCCUCCCAGACGAGCUGCUCCUGGGAAUCUUCUCCUGUCUCUGUCUCCCCGAACUGCUGAAGAUCUCCAGCGUUUGCAAGAGGUGGUAUCACCUGGCGUUCGACGAGUCUCUGUGGCAGACCUUGGACCUCUCUGGUAAAAACCUGCACCCCGAUGUGGCUGGUCAGCUGCUGUCCCGGGGCGUGGUGGCCUUCCGCUGCCCUCGAUCAUUUAUGGACCAACCACUAGUUGAGAACUUCAGCCCCUUCCGCGUGCAGCACAUGGACCUGUCCAACUCCGUCAUCGAAGUGUCCGCCCUGCUCGGCCUGCUGUCUCAGUGCUUCAAGCUACAGAACCUCAGCCUGGAAGGCCUGCGGCUGUCGGACGCUGUGGUCAAUAAUCUGGCACAGAAUUCAAACUUGCUGCGAUUAAACCUUUCUGGGUGUUCUGGAUUCUCUGAGUUUGCCUUGAAGACGUUGCUGAACAGCUGCUGCAGGCUGGACGAGCUGAACCUCUCCUGGUGCUUCGACUUCACGGAGAAGCACGUGCAAGUGGCGGUGGCACACGUGUCCGAGACCAUCACCCAGCUGAACCUCAGUGGCUACCGGAAGAACCUCUCGAGAGCAGAUCUCUCUACCUUAGUUGGAAGAUGCCCCAAUCUUGUCCACCUGGACUUAAGUGACAGCGUCAUGCUGAAGAACGACUGCUUUGAGGAAUUCUACCACCUCAACUACCUCCAACAUCUGUCACUCAGCCGGUGCUAUGAUAUAAUACCCGAAACUUUACUUGAACUUGGAGAAAUUCCCACACUAAAAACACUACAAGUCUUUGGAAUCGUGCCGGAUGGUACCCUUCAGCUGUUAAAGGAAGCCCUUCCUCACCUCCAGAUUAAUGGCUCCCAUUUCACCACCAUUGCCAGGCCAACCAUUAGCAACACAAAGAACCAGGAGAUGUGGGGCAUCAAAUGUCGGCUGACACUUCAAAAGCCCAGUUGUCUAUGAAGUAUUUAUUCCUGAAUGACAACUCCUCCUUGGAACAGGGAAAUAGGCAGGAAGCCCAUUAGUUGGAGCACUCUACUAUUUUUACUCUUGAUUUCUCCUUUGCCUUCUUCAUUCUCUAAGUAUAUCUGAAAACCCCUUAAGAGAGAGAAUGAUGAUGUAUGGCCUUCUUUCAAUGACUGUAAGAGCUGUCACUGCUCUAUUUUUAUAAGCCUAAGUUCUCAGUUUUGUGAAAUUUUAGGAAAGAAGCAAGCUUGUAAUUUUGAGUCCUUAAAGAGAAGAUUUUGAGCCACCUCUUCCAAGUGCCCUUCUUGUCAGAUCUAUUUUGAAUCAAGCUUACAAAUUAUCAGGCAAUCUUCUUUCUAGCCUCUAAGUUUUCUUCUAUUUAAUCUUUCACUAUUUCUUUGUGAAACAUAAAUUGGAAGAAGAAUAAGCUAUUUGUCUCGAGUUCAACAGUGGCAGUUAAAGCACUCUCUUCUGGGGAUAGAAGAAUAUUUGCCUUUAGAUAUGAAAUUAGAUUAAUGGACACAACCCUCAUGAGUCAUCUUAAAACUCAAAUUGAAAGCCAAAAAAUUCUUAGUAUGAAAUUUGUAAAGAAUUUGAAGACCCCAGAAAUAAUUUUCUGUGACAGGUAUAAGGAUCUCUAAUGCACAUUAAUAAAAUAGCUUUUAAUGUUCUGUUUUCCCAGAUUUCCUAAAUUAGCAAAGGGAAUGCUAUUGUGGUCUUAAAACUUUUUAAUCAUCUUAUGUUAAUAUGCAUUUUUUAGCUUUUAAAAGGACUUGCUUUUAGAAAGUUGGUAUAAUCAGGCAGUUUUCAUGUUGAAAUGCUGAAGUUUUCUCUUUAUUGCUGAGUUAUUAAGGUUAUUUUUAUAUUACUCAGAAUCAAGCAUUUGAAAUAGUAUUUUAUUUUUUAAUGGUCUUCCGUAAUAAUUUCUUGAAACCCCAUUUUAUUAGGUUAUUAGACCGGUUUCCUAAAACUUCAUGCUUUUUUUUCUGUCAGAAAUAUACACAUGCCUGUGCAAUUUCAGAGACAUAAUCAUAGUGUGCACCUGUAUAAAAGUUAAGACUGGGAUGUUGCACCUCCUGAUGACAUCAGUGAAAAUUUUUCUAUGGUACAUAGAAGCAAAAAGAUUACAUUCUGCUUUACCAAAAACAACAACAAAAAAAUAGAAUAAAACCCACAAACACUAGUUUCUUGUUUAAACUGAUGACCUCUGCAUAAAGCAAAUAUUUCUAGUAGCAUUUCAUAAAAGUAUUCCUAAAAAUCAGAUUUCUUAGAUGUUAGAAAUUAUGAUAUGAAGUGCCCUUAUCUGCUCAGAUCUAAAUAAGAACAUUUUAUAGUACUGUGAUACGGGAAAUGAUUAUGUUUCAAUGUCAUGGUCGUUCAGAGUGCUAAAUACUACUUGAAAUUGUUGUUUACAAAUAGUGACAAGGGCUCACCAUGGGAUCCGGUUGGACUCCUGACUUCCGGAUGCCCCGGUGUACACAGUACUUCUCAACUCCAGUCCAGCCAUAAGCUAUUUUGCCAACAUGUCAGUGAUCAGUAUUUUUUUAUGUGAUUUCUACUUUUAUAGACUUGUUUAAAAAUAAAACUUUUUUGU